CAUUUAAUUGUUCUUGUGCGUUUUCAAGUGUCGGCAACUUUGGUUGUAAGGUGGGGAGUGUUCUAAGCUGAACAAAGAGAUGCAGGCAGUUGGCUUUCAGUCGGAAUGAAGAACUCACAGAGCACACGAGAUACAAAACCCUCAACUCAUGCUUCACAUGAACCAAAACCGGAACAGCAAAAAAACCAAACAGCAGAUGGCCCCGUAGCGGACUCUGGCUCUUUAUCUGCUUCAAGCAAUGACAGCCGAAAAGUUUCACGCCAAGAUAUUGAGCUUGUCCAGAAUUUAAUUGAACGAUGCUUACAAUUAUACAUGACUAGAGAUGAUAUUGUCAAAACCCUCCUUAAUCGAGCGAGGAUAGACCCUGGAUUUACAACUUUAGUAUGGCAGAAGCUGGAAGAGGAAAAUGCUGAUUUUUUCAGUGCCUAUUAUAUAAGGUUGAAGUUAAAGAAGCAAAUAAUUUUAUUCAACCAUUUGCUUGAGCAUCAAUAUCAUCUGAUGAAAUAUCCUGUGCCUCCAAAGGUUCCUCUGGCCCCAAUACAAAAUGGGAUUCAUCCCAUUCCUGUUAACAACUUACCAAUGGGAUACCCUGUGCUGCAACAACCUCCGAUUCCAGCUACAGGACAACCUCAGAUUGACUCCAUGGGUAUAUCAAGCUGUCAUGUGGUCAAUGGAGUCCCUGCUUCCAGCAAUUUUCAACCUAUGCGGAUGAAUUCUGGGAAUGACAUGGUGAUGGACAACAAUGCUAGUGAUGCAUUACCCACAGUUCCUCUAACAACUGCCAUGCCAUCUAUGUCAGAGAUGCCUGUGAGCCCUACGUCAGUGGCUUCCAGUGGGAAUUUUCCCUUCACUGCAUCAGACAUGCCAGGGAUGGGAGUAGACACAUCAGCACUUGAUUCGGCCUUCACAACAGAUGUGGCAAGUUCAGUAGGAUUGCAGCUGGGACCUGAUAAUGGAGCUGGGAAUUCUAGAGAUUCACUUAGAUCACUUGAUCAGAUUCAGUGGAAUUUCAGUCUCACAGAUCUGGCAGCAGAUUUGUCAAACUUGGGAGAUUUAGGAGCCCUCGGAAACUACCCUGGUUCUCCUUUUCUUCCUUCUGAUUCAGAAAUGUUGCUUGAUUCUUCAGAGCAAUAGGAUAUAGUGGAGGAAUUUUUUGUCGAUUCCGUCCCUGUGCAGCCAUGCUCCCCAUAUGAUGAAGAAAAAUCCUAGGCCAAGGUGAGUAUUGUAGCUUAUCUUCUUGAAGUCGUUAGGAUAGGUUAGAAUUAGAUCAAUAAGGACAGGCAUUUGACGUCUAUUCGGUAGGGGCAUUUUGUUAACAAAUUCCAGCAUCUCAGCAGUGUAAUUUUAGCUUCAUCAACCAAAUAGCAACUAGAAAACAGGAAUGUAAGCCAAGCUCUCUAGAUGAUGGAUAUGAGACAUUAUUGUUAUUUGGAGAAUCUGAGGGACCAUUUGUUUGUUGUCUUUUCUUUUGCGUACAAUGAGGAAUUCAUUGCCA